GGGUGCCUUUCAGGAGCUCCUUUUUGUUUGUUUUUGUUUUGUUUUUUUUGAGUAGAACUAUGUUGAGUUUAAUUGUGUUUUGAGUUAAUUGUAAGUUGAGCUAUCUUUAAUAAAUCCUUUUGUUCAUUUAAACUGUUUUCUAUGUGGACUCUUUGACAUCAACUCAGACAAUUGAGUCUCAGUCAUAAAAUUGACAAUGUAUGGUGGUCAACGUAAAUUGUUUGCAUUUUGGAUGCCAACCUCCAUAAAACCUUGAAGAAGAAGAAGGAUGGUCCAGUCCAGUUCCAACAGCGCCGUGCACGCGCUGGGCCCCAUUGCCUGGCCGCGCUCCUUCACAGUGAACGCGCACGACAGCACGGCGCCGUCUCCCUGCCGUUUCGUUGUCAGCAGGGCACAGACAUGGCUGCUCUCAGCAAAAUACCGCACAACUGUUACGAGAUCGGGCAUACCUGGGACCCGUCGUGUGUGCAAUCUGCUUUGGAUAUAACCAGGGGCGCUCUGGAGGUGUCCUUUAAAAUUUACGUCCCCCUUUACCUGAUAGCAGCAGUUCUAAGGAGAAGGAAGAAGGAUUACUAUUUAAAAAGGCUUCUCCCAGAGAUCCUAUGGUCUACCUCUUUCCUCACUGCCAAUGGAAGUCUCUACAUUGUUUUCUUCUGCGUUCUCAGGAAACUGUUGGGAGGGUUCUACUCCUGGUCUGCCGGGUUUGGCGCAGCACUGCCUGCCUCCUACAUUGCCAUCCUCCUUGAGCGCAAGAGCAGGAGAGGGCUGCUGACAAUAUACAUGACAAAUCUUGCAAUUGAGACUUUGUUCCGCAUGGCAGUGACACGAGGCGUCAUCCAACCCAUCAGACAUGGCGAGGUGCUCUUGUUUUGCAUAACUGCAUCGCUCUACAUGUUCUUCUUCAGGAGCAAAGAUGGUCUCAAAGGCUUUGCAUUCUCUGCAUUAAAGUUCAUCAUUGGGAAAGAAGAGAUUCCAACUCACUCUGUCACGGCUGAACACAGCUGCACAAGGCCCAUUGAGAGGACAGAAGCGGAGGAUUCCCCAGCAUCAGCAGACAGGCCCAGCUCCAGGAGGAAAACACUGGUAGCCUACACCAGUGCACUGCUAGAAUCAAUAUGCAAAAAAGGUCCAAGACACAGAUGUUGUAAACAUUACCAGGACAGCUGCAUUUCCUACUGUGUUAAAGGUUUUGUCAGGAUGUUCAGUGUGGGCUACCUGAUUCAGUGUUGUCUUAAAGUGCCCUCAGCAUUCAGGCAGAUGUUCUCUAAACCCUCACGGCUCCCCUCCCUCUUCUACAACAAAGAGAACUUCCAGCUAGGGGCCUUUCUAGGAUCUUUCGUCAGUAUUUACAAGGGAACAAGCUGCUUGCUGCGCUGGCUGCGUAACAUUGACGAUGAACUCCAUGCACUGAUAGCCGGCUUCCUGGCUGGUACCUCAAUGUUCUUCUACAAAAGCACAACAAUAUCUAUGUAUCUCUUCACUAAGCUGGUGGAGACCAUGUACUUCAAGGGCAUUGAGGCCGGACGGUUCCCUUACUUUCCUCAUGCAGACACGGUCCUAUAUGCCAUCUCCACUGCUAUCUGUUUCCAAGCUACUGUGAUGGAAGUGCAGAACCUCAGGCCUUCAUACUGGAAGUUCCUGCUGCGGUUAACUAAGGGCAGGUUUGCUCUGAUGAACCGACAGUUGCUUGAUGUGUUUGGGACUCACGCCUCCAGGGACUUUAAAGGCUUUGUGCCUAAACUGGACCCUCGUUUCACCACGGUGCUUCCACCAGGACCCGACAUCCAACUCGGCUGACCUGGGAUCAGGCUCGGGGAGGGGCUUUAGGGUUAGGACAGGACGUGGACAGUCUGGCAGUUCUUUCUGAAAAUUUUAAGGAUUUUUGACAGGUAUACAUUAGAAGUGGUGAUGUCAGGUUAUGAGAUGGAAAAUGCGUCGGAGGAUGUAAAGCCCAAGAUAUGCCCAAAGCAGGGUCUCAUGAGUGUCAAGUGUGGUGUUGCACAAGCACAUUCACUGAUUGGAAUUGUAUGGAUACUGGUAAAAUAAAUGAAAUGCAUAAUUUUAGGGCUGCAGCUAACUAUGAUUUUUAGUACUUGAAGCUUCUACAGAUUAUUUCAGAGAUUCCUCGAUGUAUCGUUUUAACCCCUAAAAUCCACUGACUCUGGCUACGGUGUGUUACGGCUGCGCCGCGGUUGGCGGCCAUUAUAGUCAAUGCUUUUGAGUCCACCAGACGCGGGCGCAGCGCGUCCCAGAAGCGGAUCUCCACUCCACAGAGAAACCACAUCUAUUUUUGAUGCAAGCCGCGUCAAGCAGCACACAGAAGAUCGAACCAGGCAGUAAGUCAGACAAACAACGGCAUAGAGAAUCCGGGCAAUUUUCAAAAUAAAACACCCUGUGGAGAAUAAACACUGUUAAAACGGACACAAAAAGAAAUCAUUUAACUACAUAGCCUACAUAAUCAUAGUAGAAACACACAAUGCAAACACUGAUUACAAAAUCUAAACAUGUCGGCCUUAACGCGCUGGAGUCAGUGGAUUUUGGAGGUAAGAAGUACUUUUGCUUGGCUCCACCUCCUCCACUUUGCAAACAGCGGCAUCAUAAUCACGUCGUGUUCAUACAGCGUAAGUGCGAAUUGCGACAGUAAGAAAUGUCCGUGCAAAAUGCAAAUAAUUUGCGUCGAUGCUUUUUAGUAAUCAAAUUAAUUGAUGAAUCGUUUCAUCCCCAUAUGACUUUGUGAAAAAUUUGGAAGUAUAUUUAUAAUUUAAGUCUCAAAGAAACCCUUAAUAGUGCAAGUAAAAUAACGGCUUUCUUUUGAUGUAAAAUCUGAUUUCUUUGACACUGACCUGUUCCGCAAGGGAUGGAUCACCAAAAUCAGUCAGUUCACCAAAAUCACAAAUAAACUCAAAUUGGUUUACUGGAAGGAAAAAAAAAAUAUUUAAUUUGGAUGGAACGUUAUUUUUAUCCUUUUAAUCAUAAUUCAUUUAGCAAAUUACCUGUAGGUUUGCACAAACCUAAACUCGGUUUGGAUGGUUGCUUUCAUGUCAGAGGAAACUCACUAACUAAUCUUUUUGGAACCGGUAGAGUGAUACCUGAUAUUGAGCGAUUUAAGAGGUGAGCGAAUCUGAAAUGAUUACUCUGAUCAUUUCUGAAAGUUCUUUCAAGAUGAUAAAUGCAACUUAUGAGAUACAUGUAUCUAAUUGUGUAGCCUUAUCAAAUAUUUUGUUCUGUAGUAGACAAUGGGAGAUGUAUUUAGAUUAUGUUCUAUGAUGUAAAAAUAUGUAAAACGCGGGUGGAAAGUCACCACUGUUAACCAGUUAUGUAAGGCGAUUUGUAUUUCAUAACUUAAUUGAUGUUUAAAUGCAUAUAAGUAUCUCCCCCACCCCACCCAAGUCUCUACCUUUCUGGUGUUUUGAUUAAACUACACUAGACAUUAAUGAUUGCAACAGAAUGAGUCAUUUAAAUUUUUUUUUAUAUAUAGAUGCUUUUUUCACCACAUUAUCAGGGACCAUCCCAAAUUUGGAGGUUCAUUUUGUGGGGAAGAUGGAGAAGGUUAAACAAAAUAGUUUGGUAAUAAAUCAGCUGAAAAGACUUAAGUGGGGAAUUCAAACAAUUUCACAUUGAAGACACACAAAUUGACAGUUAAUACAGCUAAGGAAAUGUAAAUCCAUUGUUUUACUAGUAAACCGGGGUGAGAUUUGCAUGUUUACUUGCGUACACAAAAGUGAAUGUGUAAGAAACAGUCAUAUAUUAUGCUACUUGAAGAGAUGAUUCGGUCAGAGGUUGAAGGUGGAGUGAGAGCUCGGGAAGGAACAGUUUCCCAUACUGUGUGCAUAUGUCUGAAUUUUACUAAUGGCCUGCUUGUAACUACAAACUAACACGAAUGUGCAGCGACAAGUAAUGAUCAUUACUCCUGCGCUGCCUCAAGAUUUGGCACAUGAUUUCAAUCAGAUACUUGGAACACACAGAACAGAUCAGAACACACAUGUACCCUCUAUUUAAUGCACAGACUGUUCAGAGGUCUCAAAGGGUUUGAUCAGAGAACAGCCUCAGUUUAGAACUAGCCUUUAAUGUACAAAUGUAUUACAGAGCCAAGUCUUUGGAAUGCAAUGCACUGGAUGAAUAGCUUGAAUGAAAAUGCAAGGGAGAUUAUAUUUGCAAAUAUAUACAUACAAUCAGUUGAAGUCAGAAUUUGCAAAUGGUCUUUACACACCUUAUAAGUUCUGAAACCCAAAAAUAUAUUUUCUGCGCAAAUUUUUAAAAGUUGUUGCUACAGUCAACCUGUUCUUUCCAUUUCAUGCUCUGGAGGUGUUUGGGUUAGAAAAGAUAUAUUAAAUAUUCACUAAUACAGGCCAAAUACAGUUCAAAUUAAAUAUGUGACACAUGAGCAAAAAGUUUUGGCUGUUUGUUUUUUAAUUAUUACUUACUGUCAGUUCCAAGGUGAAGCCUAUCGCUUACACCACAUUGAUUAAAAUGUUGACUGACGAAUGUCGUGCCACAUUGAAGUAUUUGCCUGAAGGAAUCUGUUUCUGUGAAUAAAAUGCACACAGCUAAA